UGCAACGCACUAGCCGGCUCCCGAGCGUGGGAAAGUCUCUGGACCAUCAUCCUUAGCCGCAAGUCCCCGUGGACACCUCCCGCCCGAGGUCUCCCCGUAACUCCUGUCCUGUCCUGAGUGGGCGGGGCCCGCAGCUGCUUCCCAGGUGGGGCUUCAUCGGGUCCUAGUGCCGCCAGCUCGGACAGUCGCUGCCAACCGGGACGGGCGCUCACUCGCUUCUCCAGUGUGGGGAGACCGGCAGCCACUCGGCCGGCCAUGAGGGGCACGCCCCUGCUCCUCGUCUCUCUGCUCGCUCUGCUUCCGCUCGGGGACUGCCGCCUGGCCAAUGCAGAGGAGAAGCUGAUGGAUGACCUCCUGAACAAAACCCGAUACAACAACCUGAUCCGCCCAGCCACCAGCUCCUCUCAGCUCAUCUCCAUCCGCCUGGAGCUAUUACUGUCCCAGCUCAUCAGUGUGAACGAGCGAGAACAGAUCAUGACCACCAACAUCUGGCUGAAACAGGAAUGGACUGACUACCGCCUGGCCUGGAACAGCUCCUGCUAUGAAGGGGUGAACAUUCUGAGGAUCCCCGCGAAGCGUGUCUGGUUGCCUGACAUCGUGCUAUACAACAAUGCCGACGGGACCUACGAGGUGUCUGUCUACACCAACGUCAUCGUGCGCUCCAAUGGCAGCAUCGAGUGGCUGCCGCCCGCCAUCUACAAGAGCGCCUGCAAGAUUGAGGUCAAGCACUUUCCCUUCGACCAGCAGAACUGCACCCUCAAGUUUCGCUCCUGGACCUACGACCACACAGAGAUCGACAUGGUCCUUAAGUCACCCACAGCCAUCAUGGAUGACUUUACCCCCAGCGGCGAAUGGGACAUUGUAGCCCUCCCGGGACGAAGGACGGUGGACCCACAGGACCCCAGCUACGUGGACGUGACCUAUGACUUCAUCAUCAAGCGCAAGCCGCUCUUCUACACCAUCAACCUCAUCAUCCCCUGCGUGCUCAUCACCUCGCUGGCCAUCCUGGUCUUCUACCUGCCCUCAGACUGCGGCGAGAAGAUGACGCUCUGCAUCUCGGUGCUGCUGGCGCUCACCUUCUUCCUGCUGCUCAUCUCCAAGAUCGUGCCUCCCACCUCCCUCGACAUACCACUCAUCGGCAAGUACCUCUUGUUCACCAUGGUGCUGGUUACCUUUUCCAUCGUCACCACUGUGUGCGUCCUCAACGUGCACCACCGCUCCCCCAGCACUCACACCAUGGCGGCCUGGGUCCAGGAGUGCUUCCUGAACAAGCUGCCCACUUUCCUCUUCAUGAAGCGCCCAGGUCUCGAAGGCAGCCCAGCGGGGGGACCUCACCCCAGCCAGCCGCACCUGACCAUGGCCGAGGCUGCAGCCACCUCUGCCUUAGGCCCCACCAGCCCAUCCAACCUCUAUGGACAUUCCAUGUACUUUGUGAACCCUGUCCCCACAGCUUCUAAGUCUGCAGCCAGCCCCCACGCAGCGGGCCUCCCCAGGGAUGCCCGGCUGAGGUCCUCUGGGAGGUUCCGGCAGGACCUGCGGGAAGCUUUAGAGGGUGUCACCUUCAUCGCCCAGCACCUGAAGAGUGACAACCAGGAUCAGAGUGUCAUCGAGGACUGGAAAUUCGUCGCCAUGGUGGUCGACCGCCUGUUCCUGUGGGUGUUCGUGUUUGUGUGCAUUCUCGGCACCAUGGGGCUCUUCCUACCUCCCCUCUUCCAGGUCCACGUGCCUUCCAAGGGCUCCUAGGCUACCCAGCAUGCCACGGGCCCCUGGGUGGUAGUGAGAUGACAUGAGCAGCCACGUGGGCAGUUUACUGCUUCCUCUGGGUCACAGCCAGCGAGGCCCUAAGUAAAGAUGUGACCGUUAGCAGUCAACCUAGCAAACCAGCCACAGCCAUGAGACGGACACAGAGAGAGGUGGCUUGCACUUCUGAAUGCCUUCAAGGAAGCCCCUGAAGGGAGUGGGGGGGAUCAGGUCUCCAAAGUCCAGCCUGGCCUCCUUCUUCCCGUGUGCCAGGCACUGGAGUCAGUCAUACAAGCAGCAGCUGCUGUGCUGCUUGUAUAUCACGGAUGGUAUAUCAUGCCAUCAUACCCCGGCCUGUCUUUCCAUCAUCUCCCUCCAACCCCCGCUACCCACUAGAUUCCUGGGUCUUCUUUCAUUUCUCCACAUUUGCAGAUUCUCCCAGAUUCUCUUUAUCUCUGCUGUAGCUCCUGCCCAAACCUCAGAGUCUUCCCAAGCGUUUCACAUAGCUGUACUAAUCAGGGCUCUACUCCCGUGAUCCUCUGCUCCAAUGUUACUUCCCUGUAGAGGCCUUCCCUCAUCACGUUCCAUAACCGCAUUAAACCUCCAGCUUCCUUGAGUGCUCCCUGUCAGUACCCACCAUUCUUAGUUGGCAACACACCAGUCACCGCACCUUGCCCGUGGGAGUGUGUGUUCCACAGGGCUGGGGUGUGUGAGUUCACAUUCACUCUAGAGCGUGGGACAGAGCUCUGAGCUCAGAAGUUGCAAAAUAAAUGUUGGUUGAAUGAAGGGCUCCUACUCUCCCUCAGACGCUGGUGCGCCCUCUGAGGAGCUGUCCUUGGUCCCCAACCUCUAGAAAGAGUGGACUUCUCUGGGGCACCACAACUCUGGCGGCUUUCUGCCUUCAGGUCAUGGUCGGUUUGGGCCUGUCUCUUUCACACACAGUGAUCCAUUGCUUUCACAGAACCUGCCCCCUUGCUGACACUCAAGAUAUUUCUGCAAUUAAGGAGAAUAUUUAACUUUUUAAAAAACAUUAUUCUGUGUGUAUGGCUGCUUUGCCUUCUCUUUGUGUGUGCACUGCGCGCAUGCCUGGUACCCUCAGAGGCCAGGAAAGGGCACUGGAGUCCCUGGAAGUGACAGAUGUGAGCCCCCAUGUAUAUGGUGGGAACCAAACCUGGGUCCCCUGGAAGAGCAGCCAGUGCUGUUGACUGCUGAGUCUUCAGCCCCUGAAGGAGACUAUUUUAAAGAACUUUGUUUUUAAAUUUAUCAUACAAUAAAGUUGACUUUUUUUUUAACACUUCAACAUAAGUAUACAUUUGUAGAAGCAUCAUUGAC